AUGUCAAGAAAUAGUAAAAUGAGAGAAGUUGUCUCUAUUCAUAUAGGACAAGCUGGAGUACAAAUUGGUAAUGCUUGUUGGGAACUUUACUGUUUGGAACAUGGAAUUGGUCCUGAUGGUUUGAUGCCAAGUGAUUCUUCUGUUGGUAUUGAAGACAACUCUUACAAUACAUUUUUUAGUGAAACACAAAGUGGUAAACAUUGUCCUAGAGCAAUUUUUGUUGAUUUAGAACCAACUGUUGUUGAUGAAGUAAGAACUGGAACAUAUAAACAACUUUUUCAUCCUGAACAACUUAUUACUGGAAAAGAAGAUGCUGCGAAUAAUUAUGCUCGUGGUCAUUAUACUAUUGGAAAAGAAAUUAUUGAUGUAACUAUGGAUAGAAUUAGAAGACUAUGUGAACGUUGUCAAGGUCUUCAAGGAUUCCUUCUUUUUCAUUCCUUUGGUGGUGGUACAGGAAGUGGUUUCGCUUCACUUGUAAUGGAACGUUUAAGUGUAGAAUUUGGUAAAAAAGCUAAACUUGAAUUUUCUAUUUAUCCUGCCCCACAAAUUAGUACAUCAAUGGUUGAACCAUACAAUUCAAUUUUAACAACUCAUACAACUUUAGAACAUUCUGAUUGUUCUUUUAUGAUUGAUAAUGAAGCAAUUUAUGAUAUUGCUAUCAAAAAUAUUGGUAUUACAUCACCAACUUACACAAAUCUUAAUAGAUUAAUUGCUCAAGUUGUUUCAUCAAUUACAGCAUCUUUACGUUUUGAUGGUGCAUUGAAUGUUGAUUUAACAGAAUUUCAAACAAAUCUUGUUCCAUAUCCAAGAAUACAUUUUCCACUUGCUACAUAUUCACCAAUUAUUUCAGCAGAGAAAGCUUAUCAUGAACAAUUAUCUGUAUCUGAAAUUACUGCACAAGUUUUUGAACCUGGACAUCAAAUGGUUAAAUGUGAUCCAAGAAAUGGAAAAUAUAUGGCAUGCUGUUUACUUUAUCGUGGAGAUGUUGUACCAAAAGAUGUCAAUUCAGCAAUUACAGCAAUAAAAACUAAACGUUCAAUACAAUUUGUAGAAUGGUGUCCAACAGGAUUUAAAGUUGGUAUUAAUUAUCAACCACCAACAGUCAUACCUGGUGGAGAUAUGGCAAAACUUCAAAGAGCUGUAUGUAUGCUUUGUAAUACAACAGCAAUUUCAGAGGCAUGGGCACGUCUUGAUCAUAAAUUUGAUCUUAUGUAUGCCAAAAGAGCUUUUGUUCAUUGGUAUGUUGGUGAAGGAAUGGAAGAAGGUGAAUUUAGUGAAGCUAGAGAAGACCUUGCUGCUCUUGAAAAAGAUUAUGAAGAAGUUGGUAUAGAUACCUUUGAUGGACAAGAAGAAUAUUGA